AUGAGUAAUACUCUCCAACCCUCAUGGGAUGCCUCCCUGAAUCCCGAGGAGCGUACCCAAUACAACAAGCUAUUUGAUUCUACCAGUACAGACGGCCACACUAUCACCGGUGAGCAGGCCGCUGCUCUCUUCGCUCACUCCAAACUCUCUGCUCAGGCACUAGGACAGGCAAACGAGAGAAAUGCAGGGGUCCUGGAUAAGCAAGGGUUCUUUAUUGCUCUCAAACUAAUUGCCUGUGCACAGCAUGGUAUUCGACCAUCUGCCAAAGCACUCUCUUCAAAGACGCCGCUACCAAUGCUCCAACCGGACACCCACGAGACAGCCCAAGAUACAGAUGUCAUCAGCCCAAGUGACCGCAUUAAAUAUGUGCGCAUAUUCAAGGCACUUGAACCAGUCAAUGGGUUCAUCAGGGAUGAAAAAGCAAGAACUGUAUUCAUGCGAUCCAAAUUGCCUGGAGGAACACUGGGCCACAUCUGGAAUCUUUCCCACAAGAACCAGUCAGAUUUGAUGAGCCAGUCUGAAUUUGUAAUUGCUAUGCAUUAUAUUGCUCGUUGUAUGGCCGGUGUGAAACAGUUACCAGAUGUAAUUCCUCAGUCUGUGAUCGCUUCUGCAAGCAGUAAACCUCCCCCUCCCCCUAAGCGUAAGGAACGCCACUCAAUGAUCCAGCCGAAAGAGGUAUCAAGUCCCAAAAAAGAGACCUCUCCGCGGUCUGUUCCAAAGCCACCAGUACCAUUGAUGAAAAUGAAUGAACCCUGGAAUGUGGAUGCAAUUGAAAAAGAACAAUACAAAGUUGCUUUUGAUAAGCUAAAUAUUAACAAUCGAGAGUACAUUGAUGGAUCUGAAGCUGUAAACUAUUUCAAGAGUUCACACUUGUCAGAAUCAGAGCUUGGCUUAAUAUGGGACUUGGCAGAUACACAAAACAGGGGUUGUUUGUCACUCAAAGAAUUUAUAAUUGCCAUGCAUCUCAUCAGAGUACGAAAAGAAGGCUACGCUAUUCCUCCCAAACUUUCAGAUUCUCUUCUUGCUUCUGUAGAAGACUUGGAUAGGGUGUCUAGCAGUAAAAGAGUAGAAAUCCCAAUUCCAGAGCAACCAACGAUUCCAGAGGAGCCAGAGAUUGAAGAGACAACCGACUCAGAUAGUGAAACUUCAGAAGAGGAGGAUAAAAAACAUACUACAGAACAACUAGUUGCUGCUCCUUUGCCAACCACCAAUUUGCCUUUGUCUGACGAGCGAGACAGAUCCAGGAUUGUAGAUCAUUCUUCAAAAUUAGAUGAGGAAAACUCCGAAUUAUCAAACCUACAAACCUCUCUUGAUCAAACAAGAUCUAGAACUGCCCAUCUUUUGCAGAAGGAAGGAGAUCUUAUCGAAGACUUGAAAAGAGUUUCGAGCGAGAAGAUCAGAGUUCAAAAGGAACUCGAGGAAGCAGAAAAUGAAGAGCGUGUACUCCAAGAGAGAAUAUCUACUUUGGAGAAAGAAUGCGAAACUAUGAGAACAGAGCUUGCUUUGAUCUCAAAGGCUUCCGAAGACCAAGAAAUUAAAACCGGGGAAAGACAAAGUGAAUUAUUGGCUGUAAAAGACAAACAUACUUCAUUAAAUGCACAGUUGGAGAAAGCCCAUGCCCAUGAAAGUACUUCUUCCAAGACAGUAGAUAUUGUAUCCCCCCCUACCCAAAAAGCAACCCCUCCUCCCCCUCCCCCUCCAAAGAGCCGGAUGCAGCGCAACUCAAGUAUACUUGGUGAAGGUCUCACCAAAUCUCAGAGCGUACGAAGAAGAGCACCAGCACCUACACCAAUAAAAAGGCAACCAUCAUCCGUAAAGUCUCCCCAAGCCGAGGAAGCAUCGGCAAAAUCUGAUGAGAGCGUACUUGGAAGCACGUUUGCUCCUGUUGCUGCGGCAGCGGCAACUGCUACCGCAGCUUUUGCUACAGCAGUGUCAUUUAUAAAUGGCGAAGAUAAAGAUGAAGAGGUUAGCCGAGAAAUUGAGAAGAAAGAUGCAGAGCCAAGUGCUGAACCCAGUUCGACUGAGCCAACACAGACCACCAAGGUUGGGCCAAUUCAGUCCCAAGCAAAGUUAGCCGAAGAACCCAAAACUGAAUCAGCUCAAAAACCUCAGUUUGAUUCAGUCCAGACACCUCAGGUUGUUCCAGUCCCUGAAUAUCAGGUUGAAUCAGCUCAGGUUCCACAGGUGGAGCUUAAUUCAAUCCACGAGUCUUCAGUAGAUCCUUUUACUUUAAACAAUGAGACAAAUCAAGCUACUGAUGCUGGUGACACUUAUCCGGAUAAAAAUAUGCAGGAAGUUGACGAUCAUGCCGUUGAAACUGCAGCUGAUAAUAGACAUACCAUGACAGAGGAUGAAAUUUCUGCUGGAAGUAUUAGUGAAUUGAGACAGGAAGAAAGUAACGAGCAGCCACAAAAAUCUGAAGAUCGUACCGAAAAUUUGCCUUUAAAGGAGACUGCCCUUGAACAAAACAACAUUCACCAAGACGUUAUUGGGGGACAAAAUAGCGUCCAAGAGGAGCCUGUGCCAAAAGAAAUUCCUGUCGAAGUCUUCCCUGUCACUGAUGAUGAUACUGAAAAUAAAAUUUUAAACAUCCAGCCUAUCGAAAACACAGAAAACGUGGAUACACCAACACCUGCAAAUAUCGAUUUUGAGCAACCUAGUGGUGUAACAUACCAGAAUAAUGAUGUGCUCCAAGAAGAUGAGCUUCCGGUCCGUGAGCCCACGAUCGAAAAAGGCGCUACAUCUACUGUGUACCCCCCUGCAGAAAGCUCCUACAAAACAAACAGUGUAUACACAGAUUCUAACCAAUAUUCCGAUAAUGUACCGCAGAGCUACAUGGAACAAACCACUCCAGAAGAAUUGGGUUCUCAACAAACAACUAUUCUUGAUGACAAGCCUGAUGUGAAGAAUGACCACGUUUUAGCUGAGCCUACUUCUACUUCAAAUGUAAUUAAAGAUGUUUCUAGCAAUUCUAGCAUUACAUCGGAAGAGUCUGACGAAGAAAGCAUCGCUUCAGAAGAUAAGCCCCUUUCUAAUGAAAUUGGCACUUUUGGAGUAUCAAACACUUCACACCAUGACUCAGAAAAUAUUGAUCAAAACGACACUCUUCCUGCGUAUACAGCAGAUACCUCAAAUGAUUCGAUUGCUCCACAAAAUAUGCUGAUUAAAGAAGUAUCUUCUGCAGAUAAUUCGUCGCCAUUCGAACAAGAAAAUACAGUUGCAGAGACUGGUAAACCUGCAGCAGAGUCAGAUAAUGAGCGCUCGGAUACAGAAUCUGAAGAAAAUUUUAGAGAAUACAGCACUUUUACUCCAGGGCAGUAUGCCAAUGACACUAGUGGUAUUGAUGUCCUUGCAUCUCAUCAAGAAGAAUUUGGACAAAGCAACAGCGAAUCAAGCAAAACAACAGAGCAUGAUUUUGAGGUUGUGGAUAAUGCAUCUGUCGCAUCUUCGUUUGUUUCCGCACACACGGGAGAUUUUACAUCCCACCAUGGUUCGUUGGAUGAGUUUGACUUGACUUCAUUUGGUGCAAACGAUCCAAAGGUCAAAUCGACAAAUACAACGCCUGACAAGGAAAUAAGUGCAUUUGAAGCCGAGUUUGAUGAUAUGGUUGAUUCUGAUGACAAUUAUGAAAACCCAACAAACCUCUCUCAGACAGCACACAUUGACGAGAAUCCAUUUGAUGUCUCAUCGGAAAUAGAAGACAAGGCUGAAAAAACACCCACUUUAAGCCAACCUGAACCAGCAACAUUUUCGGACAACUUUGUUCCACCGGAACCCUCUACAGAAACAUCGACGACCACCUCAGGAGGUCAUAAAUCAGUUUUAAAGGGAUUUGAAGGCUUCCCAUUCGCAUUUGGAGAUACAGAGGAACCCAAGCCAUCAACAACCAAUUCACAGCAAAAGGACAUAAGCACUCAGCCUCAAUCAUCUCAACCUAUCGAACAAUCUCCACCUGUUGAACAAUCUCAAUUUUCCACACAAACACCCACGGAACAGAAACUCUACUCCCCACAACCCGAACAAACCAGACCCUCCUCUAACUCCAUUAAUACUACUCCCGAAAACACCAGCGGAUUCGCUUCAUCUGUCCACAACUCUAUUAAUCAUGCAAGUGAAAGUAUCAAUACACCUUCGGUUCACACUCUUGCACCAAAGGAAAGUGAAUAUGUAGGUGUGUUGAUGAGCAUGGGUUUUACAGUAGAUCAGGCAAAGGAUGCCCUACGCAGAUAUGAUAAUGAUCUGCAAAAGGCUACAAACUUCUUACUCGAUCAGUAUUAACAAUGGAUCUUAAAAAUUCAUGAAAGUACAUCAAAUAAGAGACAAACUAAUGCAUUCCUUAAAUAUUAUUUAUAAUAUUUGUUCAAAUUUUAUCAAUACUAAAGAUAACUAUUAAAUUAUGAUCUUUAGAACACACACACACACACACACACAUACAUACAGAAUAUAAAUAUAAAUAUAAAUAUUAAUAAAAUAUAAACAUUUAACAGU